AUGUCUUUAGCUAUAAGUAAUUUUGCAAAUCUCUCUAAUUUAACAUCUCUAGUCAUAAGCAAUAAUACAAAAUCUGAUACAAUAUCUAGAUACAGUUCUAUGUAUAAAGAAAAAAAUAAAAAAAUAGUCGAACUUCUUAUUCAAGAAUUAAGUGAUUUCACUUCAGAGAAUGAAUACAUACUAGUCAAUAAACUUCAUAUGAAUAUUCCUAAAGAUACUUAUAAUUUAUUAUAUUUUCAGUUCAUCAAAUCUGAAAUAGAUGAGAAAAAUAUAAAGAAUUCAAAUCACCAGGCUAUUUUUUCUAAUUUUAAAUUUGGAGAAAAACUUUUUAAAAAACUUGAAACUUUAAAAAAACACUGUAAUGAUUAUAAUGCAUGA